AUGAUUGACUUCGUCAGGUGGUGUCGCAGGCAGACCGCAACACGCGGUCCGGAAUUGCCAAAGACCAACGGGGCUACUGGGGACCCGAGCUACCUCCAAUCGCUACCUACAACAGAAGACAACAUUAGCCUGGGGACUAAAGCGAUCGACCGUGAUCCCGUCCACGUGGAUAAAGAUCGCGAGCGGCCUGUCGAAGCGUCACACUCGAUUCUGGGAAACUCAAAGAAGCGGCGACCCAACUCCUCCUCCUCUCGUAUUAAGGAUUCCGAACGCCGGGGCGACGAACGCCCUUCUAGCUUCGUAUCCGAUUUCAGUGUAGAGAAAAGUGAUGACCCCUCGAGUGGUAUCCGCCCCGCGUCGGUGCUGUUAAUAAAUUCAUCUGAACGGACAGCUUCAGCAGAGGAGAAGUUGAUUCCUAAAUACAAAGAUACACUGAAGGGAAAUGAGAAGGAGUUGUAUCUCCGUGUUGAGAGAUGCGUGGAUACGAAGAUGUAUCAGGAUGGUGCUUGGGAGACGAACGUGACCAGCAUAUGGGAGGAAGAGGCUGCAAAACUCCAAGCUGAGAAGGAGGGGGUGGUUGCAAAGCUAGCAUCUCCAAGUAUCACUGCCAAUAUGACCGAAGUAAGAAAGGCCCCAUUAAAAAAGCAGGUCACUUCGCUUGAGCGCCGUCAAGAGCGAGCCCGCCAAAGUCUAAUGAGAGUCUGCAAAACGCACAUUAGAGAAUGGUAUAAGCUCGAUGGGCUUUCGCCAGACGAAUUAGCUAAAAGAGUCAAUUAUCUCCUGGACGAAGAACGCUUUCAAUCUCCAGAGGACCAUUACGACGAUAGCAAGGGUCAUCCAUCAUUUCGUUUCCACGCCCCACAGCUACGGAAGCUGACCGUUGAGAGGUUCUUUACAAAGCCACAAGCCUCUGGACGUAAAGAUCCGACGUUAGCAAAGAUCUACGCUUAUGGUAAAGCACCCUGCCUCUAUGCAGCAACAGUCCAUCAGUGCCUCACGGCUUGGAGAGAUGGAAGCUUUGAUAAGAGCAUCAAAAACACAAAAGCAGUAAUGAACAAGGUUUUGCAAAAGCAGCUAGCAACUUGGAACAACCUAUCAGAGAACUAUCGGGACAAUGUCUGUAGGGGUUUGGAGCAGAGUAUGCUGGAGGCAAUGCCUGAGAACGACAGAUGGAAAACCCUGGUUCAACCACGACGUGAGCCUACAGAUUGCGCCAACUUAGAUCGAGCUCAACACACAUACUAA